AUGCCGGGGGAGACAGAAGAGCCGAGACCCCCGGAGCUGCAGGACCAGGAAGGGGGAGAGGCGGUGGUGGCCGAGGCGGCUCCAGAAGAGCUCCAACAACAUCCCCUGGAGGUGGAGGUGGUGGCGGAGGCGGAGGCGGCGGCGCCUGCGGGGACCACUAGCAGCCGCGUGCUGAGGGGAGGACGGGACCGGGGCCGGGCCGCUGCGGCGGCGGCCGCCGCUGCCGCCGCCGCUGUGUCCCGUCGGAGGAAGGCCGAGUAUCCCCGCCGGCGGAGGAGCAGCCCCAGCGCCAGGCCCCCGGACGCCACCGGGCUGCAGUCCCACCAGGCCGCGAAGCCCGCGUCUCCAGCUCAGGGCAAGAAGAGUCCGCGACUCCUAUGUAUAGAAAAAAUAACAACAGACAAAGAUCCCAAGGAAGAGAAAAAUGAAGAAGACAGUUCUAUCCUCCCUCAGGAAGUUACCAUUACUACAACUAGGCCUACCCGGGGCUGGCGCAGUAGCAGCAGGACAUCUAUCUCUCGGCAUCGUGACACAGAGAACACCCGAAGUUCUAGGUCCAAGACUGGUUCAUUGCAGCUCAUCUGCAAGUCAGAACCAAAUACAGAUCAGCUUGAUUAUGAAAUAGCAGAAGAGCAUCAAUCUCCAGGUGGCAUCAGUAGUGAGGAAGAGGAAGAAGAAGAAGAAGAAGAGAUGUUAAUCAGUGAAGAGGAAAUACCAUUCAAGGAUGACCCAAGAGAUGAGACCUAUAAACCCCACUUAGAAAGGGAAACCCCAAAACCACGGAGAAAAUCAGGAAAAGUGAAAGAGGAGAAAGAGAAGAAAGAAAUUAAAGUGGAAGUAGAGGUAGAGGUGAAAGAAGAAGAGAAUGAAAUUAGGGAAGAUGAGGAACCUCCUAGGAAGAGAGGAAGAAGAAGAAAAGAUGACAAAAGUCCACGACUUCCCAAAAGGAGAAAAAAGCCUCCAAUCCAGUAUGUGCGUUGUGAGAUGGAAGGAUGUGGAACCGUUCUUGCUCACCCUCGCUAUUUACAGCACCACAUUAAAUAUCAGCAUUUGCUGAAGAAGAAAUAUGUAUGCCCUCAUCCCUCCUGUGGGCGACUCUUCAGGCUCCAGAAGCAACUUCUGCGACAUGCGAAACAUCAUACAGAUCAAAGGGAUUAUAUCUGUGAAUACUGUGCUCGGGCCUUCAAGAGUUCCCACAAUCUGGCGGUGCAUCGGAUGAUCCAUACGGGCGAGAAGCCAUUACAAUGCGAGAUCUGUGGAUUCACUUGUCGGCAAAAGGCAUCCCUUAAUUGGCACAUGAAGAAGCAUGAUGCAGACUCCUUCUACCAGUUCUCUUGCAAUAUCUGUGGCAAAAAAUUUGAGAAGAAGGACAGCGUAGUGGCACACAAAGCAAAAAGCCACCCUGAGGUGCUGAUUGCCGAAGCUCUGGCUGCCAAUGCAGGCGCCCUCAUCACCAGCACAGAUAUCUUAGGCACUAACCCAGAGUCUCUGACACAACCUGCAGAUGGUCAGGGUCUUCCUCUUCUUCCUGAGCCCUUGGGAAACUCCACCUCUGGAGAGUGCCUCCUGCUAGAGGCUGAAGGGAUGUCAAAAUCAUUCUGUAGUGGGACAGAACGGGUGAGCCUGAUGGCUGAUGGGAAGAUCUUUGUGGAAAGCAGCAGCAGUGGGGGCACUGAAGGGCUGGUCAUGAACUCGGAUAUACUCGGUGCUACCACAGAGGUUCUGAUUGAAGAUUCAGACUCUACUGGACCUUAG